UAUUAGCAUAGUAGUCGAGAUGGCAGCGACUAGAAGGCUCAAAAAGGAGCUUGUUGAUAUCAAAAAACAGAACCAUGCCUUUAUUGAUAACAUAGAGGCGAAGGACGAUAACAUAUUGAAGUGGAAGGGACUUAUCAAGCCACUAAUGUCACCAUAUGACGAGGGUGCUUUCAAGAUCGAACUGACAUUCCCCACAGAAUAUCCUUUCAAACCCCCAAUACUGACCUUCCAGACACCUAUCUAUCAUCCUAAUGUUGACGAGAAGGGUCAAGUGUGCCUCCCUAUCAUUAACGCAGCGAAUUGGAAACCAGCAACCAAGACUGAACAGGUGAUACAAGCUCUAGUCGCUCUCAUUCAUGAACCCGAACCUGAACAUCCCCUGCGAUCCGAACUAGCCAAAGAAUUCAUGGAAGACAAGGCAAAGUUUAUAAAGAACGCUAAAGAUUUCACUAGCAAAUUCGCCGAAAGCAGAAAUUAGCCGAAAAUUUCACAAUUUCUCAGUUUUUAUUUCUGGUUAUGUAUGAAUGUUCGCUUUCAAAAAUUUUGGCCGAUGUAUGUGAUCAAAGCGAGGAUAGGUGGGUCAGGGUUUUUAAUUAGUAAGUAUGAUCCAAAGGAUCGGUUUAAGAAGACUCCAAAACGUUUCAGUUUCUUGUUAAUUGGUUGACCAAUGUUUCACAAUCUGGAUGUAGUAUUUUUAUGGACCACAAAUUCAAAUCACUUUGGUGGAACAUUGUAAGUGUCAAUUGUGUUUGCUCUAUAAUCUUAUUCAUUUCAAAUA